AUCUCGACCAUCUUUUGUUUCCUCGGACUUGUCUCUUCGUUUACUUUUCAUCCUUGGAUGAAUGGAGGUUCUUUCAGGCGUCCAACUACAGAGGAGAAGGUCCUCAUAACAAAUAUGACGAACUGGAUCCAAAACGAAACCAUCAGGUUCUAUGUCCAAAGCCAUCUUUUAUUUUGUCCAGGACAAGACAUGUGCUUUGGCAAUCAUUUCAAGAGAAACUAUUCCUUUGAACUACUGUACAGAAGUUGUACACAUUGUAACUGCGAUCACACCUGCAUAAGAACAAAUAGCUGCUGUCCCUGGAGAUUUUAUCAGCAAAGUAAGGAUACGACUCCUAGUUACAUUGCAUACAUGAAUCAUAAUGAACAAACAUAUUCGAAGUAUAGAGCUGUUUCUUUGCAAUGCAUCCAGCCACAUGUCAAUGACCAAAGCAAACAAACCUCACUUAGGUCCUAUUACAUGAUUACCAAGUGUCAUUCCAACUAUAACAACCCAACUGUAAUUCAGAAAUGUGAAGAGUAUUUCAAAGAAGAGAAUGUUUCCUCUUAUCAACCUUACUUUUCUGCUGAGUCCAAUGAAACAUUUAGAAACUUUGAAUGCGCUAUCUGCAAUGGUGAGCCUCCCGACAAACUCAUUCCUUGGUCAUUAACGUUGGUUUGUUCUAGGCGGGAGUCACUAUUUCAAACUAACUCCCUUUCCAAACUUCAAUCCAUCGUAUUUAAAGGUAAUUCGUUUUGCAACAUUGUGUACUUUCCAACAGUAAAUACACCAGCCAAAUCUUGUGUGGACGAGAAAAGGUACAUUAGUACUUGCAACAAAACUGGCCAUUGGAGUACUUUUGAUGACGCUAUUUUUAGCACAUGUCAAUCAAAUUUCGUUGACGUGUACCUAGAGUGUAGUGCUGCAUUUGGGAGAAUUCUGUAUAAAAACAUAUACUGUGCUAUGUGCAAUGUGCCCGACUGGAGAGAUCAUUUGAUGACUGAGUGUGUAUCAUCCUACAGCAUUUACGACUGGACAAAUUCACAGAACCUUGUUUCCUUUUCAGCUUUAAUCGAUAUUAAAAAAUAUGAUCAAUAUAGAAUGGAGUCCCAAAGUGAGGGGAAAGGGUGUUCAGGAAAUUUUCUGUACGAGCCUCGCAUUAAUGAGUGCAUCCCCAUUGGCUGUGCAGAAGGAAUGCAGAUGAAGAAUUCUGAAUGUUCACCAAUUUAUCCUUUCAUUUCUCAAAACAGUUACGAGAUUUCUCUUUUGUUUUAUCCUACCUCCACACAAAGAUUACCUUUAAAUGAUUUUCUCGAAGGAUUAUUUCGUUUUCUUAAAAACUUUAUCAGUACACACAACCUGGAAAAAUACGUCUGCUCUAUAGCAGUUCUUUCCCCCAGUUUAGAAAACUUGGAUGACAACUCCUAUUUCGCUGCAUCUAUAAGACUCUCUGUCAAUCUCUGGCACAAUUUCACAGAACUUGUUCUUUAUCUAAACGAUGAACUCGAUAAAAUCAAUGGCUCUAUUAUUUAUGGUUUUGUUGUUCGACAUAUAGGACAAUCAAUGUCCAUCUAUAUCGGUGACAAAGGCUCGCUUUCGCAAUGUUAUCAAAACCCAAUGACAAAAGAUAUCCUGAUUCGUAGAUUUUCCUGGGAUAUCCUACAGACAGAUAAAGAUAAAGUUUUAAUAUGCUAUAGCAAACAAUCUGUUGCAGCAACCACCGUGAUUGCUGCAUCGUCAUUUUGUAAAAGACUGGUGAUAGAUAAACGCAAAUUUCACGUAGUGAUAUCUGACUUUAAGCUCUACUUUGUGGACUUUGAUUUUUAUGUAGAUUCACAAUAUUUUUGGGAAUCAAACGAUAGGACCAGGGUCGAGGUAUGUCUCGAUCAGUAUCAAACUGCUAGAGAUGAGUCGCGGAAGGUCUCGGAAAUAGACACUGAGGAGAAAUACUUGUCCCUGGUGUGUGCUAUCCUCUCGUCAAUGGGAUGUCUUGCAUAUUUGAUAGUUUACAUAUUUUUCCCUCAAUCCCCGUCCAUUCCAAAUUACAAUAUGAUAGUUUUGUCGCUUGCUCUUCUUCUUGCCAACAUAGUUUAUUCAGUCUCAAGACUUGCUCGCCCGUACCCUAUUCUUUGUCUGGUGAUCGGUGGAAGCAUACAGUUUCUCUGGUUGGGGGUGUUGAAUCUGAUGUGCAUGUCUUGUUUCUCAAUUUUCAGAACAUUUACAUCCUGGAACAUUAAAAAAUCGGACAGGCUUCUAUGCGUCCAGCUCCUUAUAAACAUUGCAUACAGUUUCAUUGUUCCAGUCUUCAUGACAGCGGUCAACGUUCUCGUGAGCAGAUAUUUCUACGAAGACGACAACUUUGGCUACUCUUUAACGACCUGCUUUAUUGCACGGCAAAAUCUUAAUCUUUUCACCUUUUCAAUACCUAUUGCGGUCAUGAUUACACUGAAUAAUUUUAUGUUCUUCAUUAUUGCUAAAGAAAUUCGAAUUAAGAAGAACACCUCUUUCUCGACCACAAAGGAGAGGCAUACUUUGAAAAUUUAUUGUAAGCUGUCGACUCUUACUGGCUCGGCUUGGAUUCUUGGCUACCUCAAUCAGAUUUUCCACUGGCAGAUUCUAUCAUACCUUCAUAUAAUUUUCACUGGUUGUCAAGGAGUGUUUCUUUUCUUUUCCUUUGGAUUACCUUUGCUUUUGAAAUCCAUAAGUGGAAUAAAUAGAACAACCAAAAAAUGAUAAAAAGAUAUCGAUCUUCACAAUUUUUUUUUACUUCUAUACACUGUCUACAAAUACUUUUCACGAAUUUCUCGUUUAAACAUAUCACUUGCUCUCUGAUGGUGAUUUUCUGACCUAAAUUGCAGAGCGUCACUUGUCUGUUUGUCAUCUUAUAUUUCACUUUGCCAUACUUCUGAAAUCAUUCAUUAAGCAAUGAUCUUUGCAUUUUUUAAAAUACGUAUCAAAAAAAGAAAUCGGCGGAUCAAAAACCCGAUUUUGUAAUGGCUAUAUUGAAUAAAGAUUACAGAAGCAUUUACUAUUCGGCCUGCCAUCCAUUUGGUGAGCCGGUAUAUAAUAAGGCUAACCAAAGUUACUCCUACGUUUAUCGCCACCUUCAAAAUACCAAACCUACAAAAGAGGGCAGAAAAAUUAAAACAUACAAGUUAUUUUUAUUCAUUGGCACUGAUACAAAUUCAGUGAGUAUUCAAUUUACACUUAGAAUAUAACCGUUUAAUAAUCUUUCCUGUCUGUCACACACACCAUUUCAUUGAGAAUCCAUAAAAAAACAUCCAUAUUGUGUCAAAGAGAUUUCAUAUUUCUACAGAAUGCAGUUUUUCGGUUGCAAAAAGUAAACUUAAACUGGAAAAGAUAAAAUUGGAGGUAAGGUUUUAGUUGGGUUUUCUCACAUUACUAGUAUUAAAACCUCAGUCUAACCCAAUGGUACAUAGAACUUUGAAUUAAUUUCGCAAAUACCUGUAAAUAAUUAAAAAAGUCUCAUACUUUAUCUAAAAAGCAUCAUUAUGAAGCUACACAGAAAGUCUGA